GUGACUGCACUACCUUGUGAUGAGAUGUUUCCCUCUCAGUCGCCCCCUUCAAAUGUUCACAGUGUUCGGCCCUCAGAUGUGUCAGUCCUCUCCACCAUUGGACUCCACAUGCACAGCACGGAGCUCUCACAAGUGGUUUCAAGACUCGCAGAGCUGCUGACCCUGUUCAACCCUGCUCUGAUCACUCUGUCAGAUGAAGCAAACCUGUACAGCCCUCACUUUGUUCAGCACAGCUCACUGGUGGAGCAAGCAAAGGAAGUGUCUCUCCAACUUCAACACAGUCAGGAGGUUGUGGAUCGAGACUGGAAGCUCCUCUUGCUCUUUGUUCAGGUCGAUCAGCUCUGCGUCUGUGAGCAGCAGGCUCAGACCAUUAUCAGACAUGUGGUCAAAGAGGUGGAUGAGGCUCUGCAGCUGCUGCAUUCUCAGCUGAAGAAGACCAUCGUCAGUGUUGCACUGUGGGAUGGAGAGAACGACAGAUUCAACAGGAUGUGUCCCUGCAUGGAGACCAACAGUGAUGGAGAAGUCAGACUGCAGAGGGCCAUGCUGAGUCAGGCUCUGCAGGAGUCUUUGGAUGAGCUUCUGGUAAAGCAGAGCUGGUACACUGACAGAGAUGACUUCACUGUGAUUCUCCAGGACGAACCUUUCAUCACAGACCUCUCCUCUGUUUCUACUGGGAAGCCUCUUUCUGGGUCACAGGCAUCACAACAAGCAGAUAAACUGCUGGUGCAGAUGUGGAAGAACCUGCUGCAGCCCACAAAUGGCCAACAUAGCACGGAUGACAAUGGAAACAUCAUUGCAUUGCCAUGCCCAACUGAGGACCGGCCCUUCCUUAGGACCGAGGAAAACUCUCCCUCAUAUCACCACAGCGAUGCCUCUCCUCUCGUUCACCCAUUAACAGGCACUGAGAUGCCCUGUGAGGACUUCAGCCCCUCGCCUUCCACACCUGCCACAGUCCAUGAACUCCGACCUGGAGAUAUCAAAGUGGUAGCUGCUGUGGGAGACUCUCUGACAGCAGGUAAUGGUAUACCAUCCAACCCCAACAACAUCCUGGACGUCCUGCAGCAGUACAGAGGACUGUCGUGGAGUAUUGGUGGAGAUGAAAACCUCACAAGUGUCACCACGCUGCCCAACAUCUUGAAGUAUUUCAACCAAAACCUGACGGGCUACUCUCUUGGAAUGGGCCGACAACAGACUCCUCAGGCUUUUCUCAACCAGGCUGUGGCUGGAGCGAAGAGCAAGGACGUACCACCACAGGUGCGAGCCUUGGUGGCAAGGAUGAAGAAUGACUCUAGAAUCGAUUUUGAGUCGGACUGGAAGGUGAUCACCCUGUUCAUUGGUGGAAAUGACGUCUGUGAUCACUGCUACAACUCUCUCCUUUACUCUGUUGACAACUAUGUCCGUAAUGUUCGUAACAGCCUGGAUUAUCUUCAUAAACAGGUCCCUCGGGCUCUGGUGAACUUAAUAGAGCCUCUUCAUAUCCUCCCGCUGAGAGAAAUGCACUUGGAUGCUUCAACAAAAUGUCCAACUUGGCUGGUUAAUAUUCUGUGUCCUUGUGUUAUCCUGCCAAAGGCCAACUCUAAAGCUCUCCAAAUGGUGGAGGACCUGAACAGAGGCUACCAGAAAUCACUACAUAAGCUUGUGGAGUCAGGCCGCUACGACACUCGCUCAGACUUCACCGUGGUCAUCCAGCCUUUCUUCAGAGAAAUCGUUGUUCCCAGACUGCCGGAUGGUCGCCCUGAUCGCUCCUACUUCAGUGCCGACUGCUUCCAUCUCAGCCAGAAAGCCCAGACGCAGAUGGCUCGCUCCCUUUGGAACAACAUGCUGGAACCUCUGGGCAAUAAGACUGCCAAACAGGAUUUUUCUGAAAACCUUGACCUCAAGUGUCCAACCAAGACCUCACCAUACAUUAGGACCUACAAUAACAGCGAGUACUCGUAUGCUGAUCCCCUACCAACGCCUGGGCCUAUCACAAACUGGGGGAGCGAUUUUUCCUGUAUGGACCUUGCUCCUUCUGACACUGUGCCCAUGUCAGUCCACAAGCUGAAACCGGCAGACAUCAAGGUUGUAGCAGCUCUGGGAGACUCAUCAACGGCAGGCACAGGCGCCAAAGCUAAAACUGUGUUUGACCUCAGUAAAGAGUAUAAAGGAGUAUCAUGGAGCAUUGGAGGAGACAAGGGUCUGGAGACCGUCACAACGCUACCAAACAUCUUGAAGAAGUUCAACCCCACCAUAAAAGGCUUCUCCAAAGGCAUCGGCAAACUACAGAAGGCCUUCAACAUGGCUGUACCUGGAGCUAGAACCUCAGAGAUCCCAGCACAAGUCCAAGCUCUCAUCAAGGCCAUGAAAGGACAUAAGGAGGUGAACUUUGAGAUGGACUGGAAACUUGUGACCAUAUUAGUUGGAGGAAAUGAUCUUUGCAGUUACUGUAUAGAGCAAAACAAUCUGUCGCCCAAAAACUACAGCCACAAUCUCAAGCUCAGUUUGGACAUGUUACACAAAGAGGUACCCAGGUUGUUAGUUAAUGUUGUGGAGAUCUUCCAGAUAGAGACAUUGAAAACAGUGAAGAAGAACACAAUUGGUUGUUCACUCUUGCAGAGGACCAGCUGCCCCUGUGUCAUCAACCCAGUUGACAACUCCCCAGAGGUCGAAGAGAUAAAACGCAUCAAUCAUGAGUAUCAGGCUGAGGUCCAGCAACUUAUAUCUGGAAACCGCUAUGAUGGAAAAGAAGACUUUGCUGUUGUCCUUCAACCCUUUUUACAAAACUCCUUUAUCCCUCAAAUUGGGGACGGAGAGGCUGACACAAGUUUCUUCUCUGUGGACUGUUUCCAUAUCAGUGAGCGAGCUCAUGCUGAGAUGGCCGUUGCUCUUUGGAAUAAUAUGUUGGAGCCCGUCGGUAGAAAGCAGGCGUAUAACAACUUCACACAUGACCGCUCUAAGAUCCAGUGUCCCACUGAGGCCAGUCCCUAUAUCUUCACCAAGGUCAAUAGCUUACCAAGUCCACCAGUGACCAGUACCACCACUGCCAGCUUUACCACCCUCACGUCCAGUCCUGAACCGACCAGCAUUGAGCCCUUGUGUCCCCCUUCUUUGGCUGUCUGGGUACCAGUGGUUGUAGGCAUCCUCGGUUCACUGGCUGGCAUCAUCAUUGCCUGGCUGAUUCUAUCCAGCUGUCAAAAUCGAAAAAACAAAGUGGGGAAAGCGAUGGAACUGAAAGGAACUGGUUUUUAAUGCAGUUGUUUCUACCAAGUUGUGUUUAUAGUCAAUGGGACACUCAGUCCAGUUUUCAGUCAUUAAGUUUCAUUGUAGCUCUUGUCUUAUCCACCAUUUUUUGACUAAAUUAUACGAGUCUCUUUGUCUUGCUAGAUGUCUGAAAUUGUUCAUUUGUGAAUGUCAGCUUUUCUGAAAUGUUGGAGCAGCUGUUCAUCGUUUUAGUUGAGGUUUGGUCAGUGAAAGCUAUGUAGACAGCUCUUGAUGAAUUAUGUACAAUAAACUGAAAGCUUUAGACUGGGGUGUACAUUCUCAGUAGCAGUACUAGCACUACAUUCACAUUAUAGCGAUCACUGUGAAUCUAUAUGGUACUGUUGAUCAAUCAACAGUUGUGCUACAAAUAUGUGAAAUAUUGUAACUAACUUUUUACUCAUAAAUGUAAAAUAUUAUCUAUGUACAUGAACUACUUGAAUCAAUGUUUUCUGUUUUUCCUAUACU